UCCAUCCCUUGCACACUUAGCCUCACACACACAUCUGCUCACUCACCCUGGCACACUUAGCCUCCCUUACACACCGUCUGCAUUCACCACCUCACAUUCCUGGCACACUCUUCUCCCUCAACCUCUUCCACCUCUUCUAAGGCCUUUCCCUCACUGCCCCAUUGACCUCCACAGACCUACCAUGUCCCUAGAGCCACUGAAGUUCCAGGCAGUAGGUGAGGAUGAGGAAGAUGAGGAGGAGAGCUUAGACUCUGUGAAGGCACUGACCACCAAGCUUCGGCUGCAGACCCGUCGACCCUCAUACCUGGAGUGGACUGCCAGGGUCCAGAGCCGGGCCUGGUGCAGAGUCCAAGCCAGACCUGAGCCGGAGAGACCUGGAGCCAUCUGUGGCUUUGACUCCAUGGAUUCUGCGCUUCAGUGGCUCAGAAGGGAGCUGCAGGAGAUGCGUGCCCAGGACCGGCAGCUAGCAGGGCAGCUGCUGAGGCUGCGGGCCCAGCUGCACCGACUGAAAGUGGACCAAGUCUGUCACCUGCACCAGGAGCUGCUGGAUGAGGCGGAGCUGGAGCUGGAGCUGGAGUCGGGGACUGGCCUGGCUCUGGCCCCGCCACUGCGGCAUCUGGGACUCACGCGCAUGAACAUCAGUGCCAGGCGCUUCACCCUCUGCUGAGGGCACUUGGGUGUCUCCUGGACUAUCUGGGAAGAAGGAAGAGGUGCCCCGGAGGCUCCGGCAUCUGCUGGGGGAGAGGGCA